CUCCAGUUCCGCGUCGUCGCGCAGGGCUGACUCUGGGAGGCGUUUGGGCCCAGAGAAGUGGGUUCGCCGCUUGCGCCGCAUGGAGUCCGAAUCGGAAAGCGGGGCCACCGCUGACACCCCUCCACUGGAGACCCUAAGCUUCCAUGGUGAUGAAGAGAUUAUCGAGGUGGUAGAACUGGAUCCCGGUCCGCCGGACCCGGCAGACGAUCUGGCCCAGGAGAUGGAAGAUGUGGACUUUGAGGAAGAGGAAGAAGAAGAGGGCAAUGAGGAGGGCUGGGUUCUGGAGCCCCAGGAAGGGGUGGUCGGCAGCAUGGAGGGCCCAGACGAUAGCGAGGUCACCUUUGCAUUGCACUCGGCAUCUGUGUUUUGUGUGAGCCUGGACCCCAAGACCAACACCUUGGCAGUGACAGGGGGCGAAGAUGACAAAGCCUUUGUGUGGAGGCUCAGCGAUGGGGAACUGCUCUUUGAGUGUGCAGGCCAUAAAGACUCUGUGACUUGUGCUGGUUUCAGCCACGACUCUACCCUAGUGGCCACAGGGGACAUGAGUGGCCUCUUAAAAGUGUGGCAGGUGGACACCAAGGAGGAGGUCUGGUCUUUUGAAGCAGGAGAUCUGGAGUGGAUGGAGUGGCACUCUCGGGCACCUGUCCUACUGGCGGGCACGGCUGACGGCAACACCUGGAUGUGGAAGGUCCCGAAUGGUGACUGCAAGACCUUCCAGGGCCCCAACUGCCCAGCCACCUGUGGCCGAGUCCUCCCUGAUGGGAAGCGAGCUGUGGUCGGCUAUGAAGAUGGCACCAUCCGGGUUUGGGACCUGAAGCAGGGAAACUCUAUCCAUGUACUAAAAGGGACCGAGGGUCACCAAGGCCCUCUGACCUGUGUUGCCACCAACCAGGAUGGCAGCCUGAUCCUAACUGGCUCUGUGGACUGCCAGGCCAAGCUGGUCAGUGCCACCACCGGCAAGGUGGUGGGCGUUUUCAGACCCGAGACCGUGGCCUCCCAGCCCAAUCUGGGAGAAGGGGAGGAGAGCGAGUCCAACUCCGUGGAGUCCUUGGGCUUUUGCAGUGUGAUGCCUCUGGCAGCUGUCGGCUACCUGGAUGGGACCUUGGCCAUCUAUGACCUGUCUACGCAGACCCUCAGGCACCAGUGUCAGCACCAGAGUUGGGAGCAGAUGCCUGUCGGCUCUCCCGCCCCUGACCGCACGCCGCUUCUGCCGUACCCUGCUGCAGUCGGGCAUCGUGCAGCUGCUGUGGGAGGCGGGCACCGCCGUGGUUUACACUUGCAGCCUGGACGGCAUUGUGCGCCUCUGGGACGCUCGGACCGGCCGCCUGCUUACUGACUACCGGGGCCACACGGCCGAGAUCCUGGACUUUGCUCUCAGCAAAGAUGCCUCCCUGGUGGUGACCACGUCAGGAGACCACAAAGCAAAAGUAUUUUGUGUCCAGAGGCCUGACCGCUAACGGCUGCAGCCUCUGCUUUGUGUCUGGUGUGGAGGGGGCACAGAGAGACCCCCAUCAGCAGAGGCGGUAGGGUAGGAGGGAAGAGGAGGGGACGGGCCUCGGACUCACUUUCCAACCACUUCAGACUGACUUGCCCCCUCUCUGUCCCUUUCUUCUCUUAAGAGACCCACCUCUUGGGCCCCUCCUUCCCGCCCUGUCCCUCGUAGUCCUCGCCCAGACCUGGCAGGCCCUUCAGAGGGAGGUUCAGACCUCUUUCUCUUUCACUUCCUUUGCUGGUGUGAGCCAUGGGGGUGUGUAUUUGUAUGUGGGGAGUAGGUCUUUGAAGUUCCCGUUCUUUCCCUUCCCAAGUCUCUGGGGGUGGAAAGGAGGAAGAGAUAUUAGUUAACAGAUUUUAAAAAUGUAAAUAAAAUAUACUUCCCAGAGA